AUGCCUACUCCGUCCACGAAUCCAGAUAAACAUAACAAUGGCAUCCCCGCCAAACCGUUCACGCCUACCCUUAGCUCAGCAUUCAGACCGACUGCGAAGUCGCCCUUACCGUUGACUCCCCGUCUCGCGCACCUUGGAAACACUCAGACCCCAAAAAGACCAGAAUCGUCAGUCGUCCCACCGCCACGGGAAGAUGUUGCAACCCCAGAUCCUACAUACCUCGGAAUCAAUAUAACUCCACGAUCGGGCCCUCGGAGCAGUCGAAGAGAUGGGUACAUUUCGUCUCCGGAAAUCACAUCAGCUGCGACGCACGCUGGGUCGUAUACAUCGCGGCCCACUGGCUCUGUCACCCCAAGCUACAUUCGCAGUGAAAGGAGUCCUGUGCGCGGUUACCCACGAUCAGAAAUAUCUAAAUCAACAGUUUCCAGAGGAUCUAAUAUUGAUGGACCGGGAUCGAGGACAGUGCCCCGUCCGCCUUCAUCGUCUGAACAACUGAAUUCGACCUCGAAAUUCUUCCACGCCGACGAAGCCCGCUCCACCGGAUCUCACGAGGCAGAAGCACGACCUCGCACACUUUCGAAACMCGCACAGACAUCGACAUUCUUCUAUGCAGAUGGCUCUCAUGAUCAAGACAGUCACACGGAUGACUCCAGCAAAGGCGUACUACCAAAGCGCCGCUCAACAGGAUCUUCUCGCCUUCCUGUAGGCGCUAAGAGUCCAUCAGUGCUCUCCCCAAGACUACGGACUGCACAGCUAGUCGACCCUAUUUCUAGAUCAUCAUCAGAGGGCAGUCUUCAACCAAGCCCUAACAUCGAGGAGGUCUCUAUGUCAGUGACGACAAUACCCGCUGAACAUCACUCUCCCGGACUUAUUACUCGAACACCUCAGCUUCCACCACAUCAUACCCACCGAAAGUCGUGUAGUGUCGAUUCCACGACGAACAUUGCUUCGCCACGCGUGACGUCCCGUCGCGUUACUCCAACAUCGUCUUCACCGUUCCUACCCGAGCCAUUGAGCAGUCCUCCCGAACAGUUUUCCCAUAGCCCUCUGAUUAUUUCAAACCCUCUUAUCCAACUCACCGAUCACCGAGACCAACCGUAUACUGUGCCUCAAAGUCCUGUAAAAAUUGACGGAGGAUCUAAUGCAUUUGGCGAAGAUGCCAUAAAUGCACGCACAGAACGCAAGGUUCUGGACCUUGAAAUCAGCAACUCUUCUCUUUUAGCUAUAAAUCGCACGCUUGAACGUGAGUUACGAAAGCAAAACGCGGAGUUGCGUAGAUUCCGGCGUCUCAGUCGAUCAGGUCGUUUAUCUAUUACGACUUCUCUACGGUCUACUUCUGGGGGUGGAUUAUCUGUGGUCAGUGAGACCGGGGACAUCAGCGAGCUCUCUUCUACGUACUCGAAUGAUGAAAUGUCGGAUGAAAGCGACCAAGAUUCUAUAGAUGAUGGAACCGUUAGCCCUAACAGUCUUGCGGAACACGACUCCCGUCAUCGCGUCGAUGACGAAAAGCAAUUCAUGCUCGAUCUCGCCAAACAUCAAGAACUGCUCAUUGACAGUCAAAAGCUAAAUCAGAGCCUGAAGCGAUGCAUUGGAUGGACCGAAGAAUUGAUCAAGGAGGGCAAAAAAGCUUUGGAGUACAAUGUUCACGUGAACGACAUAGAAAUCGGUGGACGUGUCCUUGACCCAGACGAACUCGGAGAAGAGCUCGGUAGAGGUCAUGGCCUGUUGAGUCCUGCUGCGGAGGUUAGAGGAGAUUUUGAGUUCUCUGCCCUUGACGCUCUGGAUGACGUUCUCGAAGAAAAUGGCCUUCUUGCAGAACCAGUUGAUCUCAAGGUAGAGUCAGAACAGUGA